AGCAGUCGUCCUAGGAGGCCACUCCACUAGCCCAACUUUUUCAUUCAAACUUGACCAAAAGGGCAGAAUGAGUUUGAAACAACAAAUCGCAGUUGAACCGCUGCGUCCUGGUCAUUUCUGCUCGGUGGAGAACCCGACACGAUUGGGGUCUCUCUCGGAAUAUGCUUUUGGAGGAAAUACCAUUGCGGUUGCAGUGAAUGCAGCCUAUCAAACUGUUAACCAUACGUAUCACUUAUACUCACUCUGUGGCCAUUUUAUCCGCCCUGCCACAACUGACCGAAAGCUCUUCUGCCACGUCGAGAGUAUAAGGGAUUCCAAGAGUUUUCAAACUCGUCAGAUUCGGGUAUCCCAAGCAGCAGAUGGUGGCUCUAAUAGGCUAUGUUUGGUAGCUUUGGCAGAUUUUCAUAUCGAAGAACCCUACUCGGUCGUAACCUAUUCUAUCCCUCCUGAGACCGACUCCCCGUCCAGCACAUUAAGAGAAAAGUACUCUACUCCUCCACCCGACGCCUCAAACAAUUGCGAUCUUUAUAGAGAUAUCGAGCAAUUUAUCGACAUGCGGCCCAUUCUUGACGACGGUCCGAGUGCGGAAAGCCAAAAGCAAAAUACUAGAAUCAACAGCCCUCCACCUGCUCCGUCAGCAAUCACCAAGGAAAUGUUCCGGGUACCAGAGCUGCUCGACAACGAGGCGGAACAGAUAUCGGCUCUGGCAUUCUAUGCAGACAAGGGUUUAGCAUAUAUUCCGGCAAUCCACUACGGAUAUGGUUUACGGCAAGCGAGCGCCUGCGCGACCUUGGAGUUUUCGCUUCGUGUAUUUGUUCAUGGCCUGAAUCUUGAGAAUUGGCAUUUGGCAGAACAGAAAUCCCUUGCUGCAGGAAAUGCUAGAGCCUUUAGUGAGGGGAGGAUUUGGAAUGAGGACGGUCAUUUGGUUGCAAGCAUGACUCAACAGACUAUUUUGCGCCCAAGUACCGGGCCAGGAGCUCGUUUGUGACUUGGUACCUAUGAAGGAAGAGAGAGAAUUGGCUCUAUAAUGGAAGGGGUUUAUGACUGAGGGAUGGGUAGGUGCAGGUGUGGUGCUGCUGUUUCGUCCAUUAGCUCUGUACUAUGAACAGAGCUUCGUUUACUGUUGCAAUAAGCAUUCUCCAGCUUUGAGCCGGGCAAUAGGAUAGUAAUAUUUAAACGCCACGGGUGCUUGGCUAGGAUCUAUUUAGACUAGUAUGAACGCAGUCGUCACUGUAACUAUCUG